AUGCUUAAGAGUGUUGAACUACUUCGGGACCCUUAUGUCAAUAAGGGUUUUGGUUUUACUGAGAACCAGCGCAAUGAACUCAAACUGAAGGGCCUCAUUCCAGCCCUAAUUGACUCGGCUUCAACAUUCGAGGAGAAGCUGAACUUGGAACGUCUUCGCCGAAUCGCUAAAGACUUCGACAAGUACGACUUCCUCCUGAGGCUCUACGACACCAACCGCGUUCUCUUCUUUCGACUUCUGAACAAAUACACCACUGAGCUGAUGCCGCUUGUCUACACGCCUACAGUGGGGGCUGUCUGUAAAGAGUACUCUCUUGUACACCAAAAUGGGCGUGGUCUCUUCAUUCCAAUUAGCGAAGACGCGAACAUCAGAGAACUGCUCAGAAACUGGCCUCAGGCGCGCAACGUCAAGGCUAUCUGCGUGACCGACGGCGAGAGGAUUCUCGGCCUCGGCGACUUGGGCUCGUUCGGCAUGGGCAUCCCCGUGGGCAAGCUGGCGCUCUGCACCGGUCUGGCCGGAAUUCCCACGGAGAACUGCCUGCCCAUUGUCCUCGACGUGGGCACCAAUAACCAGGAUCUACUCUCUAACCCGCUUUACUUCGGAAUGCGUCAGAAACGCGUCACCGGCGACGUCUAUGACAACUUCAUUGACGAGUUUAUGCGGUCUUGUGUGGACGUGUUUGGGAAAGAUGUGCUCAUUCAAUUUGAGGACUUCGGAAAUCACAAUGCCUUCCGCUUUUUGAAAAAGUACCGUGACAACUACUGCAACUUCAACGAUGACAUCCAGGGAACCGCCUCGGUCAUUCUCUCUGGAUUGCUGACCGCGUGCCGCGCCACUGGUCGAAGACUAAGGGACGAGAACAUCGUCUGUUUCGGCGCAGGCGAGUCCAUGAUCGGUUUCGGCAACCUCCUUGUCGAGUGCCUCAUGAGUCGCUCAGGCCUGACGGAGGCAGAGGCCAAAAGCCACCUCUGGAUGGUGGACAGUCGUGGUCUGAUCGUGGAGGGUCGUUCGACCGGCGGGAUCACCAAGGAGAAGGCUCCGUUUGCUCGGCCCGCUGGAUCGUGUCCGGAGAUGCGAGAUCUCAAGGAGGUGAUAUUGGCGGCCAAGGCCACUACUCUGAUUGGUGCGUCCGCGGUGCCAGGGGCCUUUAACGAGAACAUUCUUGUCGCGAUGGCCAAGCAGUCGCCUCGGCCACUCAUUUUCGCCCUCAGCAACCCGACGGACAAGUCCGAAUGCACCGCGCUCCAAGCCUACAAGGCCACGAAGGCAAGUAGUCCCGCCUCGCCCCUCUCUCAUGUUUAA